AUGGAUAGGGCCUCGGAACUUAUGGAUGAGUUCUUCAAAAAGGACCCUGAUAUACGGCGGAUGCUUUCACCUUGUUUGGACGAGCUACACGGACUCGAUGAUGCUAUUCGACGGGUCGGCCAUAAGCACAGUCUCGACCCAAACAACCAAGAUGUCACCUUUGAAUAUGCAACCGUUCUGAUAUCCCAUACACGGAACUCUUACGUGGAAUCGGGUGUCCGGCUCAUGGAGUCGCUUGCUUUUGCUCUAUGGCAGAGGCGAUGGGGAGGGCCAACCCACGCGCAACUCCAGCAAGCAUGCAAAAUUGAAGAACCAUUACCAGCUGACGGCAGUGCUGCCCCUGCUUCUCCGAAUUUGCAACAGCUUGUUUCUUCGGAGGAGGGGAGGGAAGGGCAGCAAAUGAACGGAGAUGUGGUUUCACGGAACGGUAAAUACGGUCAGAGAGGGUGCGAGAACCCCACCCGAUGCUCGAAGGAUACCUUAGAAAGCGAUCUUGUGAUUUUUCACUACUAUUUAGCAGUGGGGUGGAUCAAACUGAAGAAAUAUGAUAAUGCUUUGUCGUCUUUGAAUCGGAUGUUAGAGCUGAAGCCAGGCCACCCUCAAGGAAUCGCGCUCAAGCAAUACGUUGAAGCAGUCUCACGGCAGACGAUAACAGUUGCCGGGCUAGCAGGUAUUGCUGCCAUUUCUGUUGCAGCAACGGUCCUCAUGGCUUUCCGACGGUCGUAA